AUGAAAGGAAGUUUAUCAAAUUCUGGGUCUGGACAAAAUUUGAAUUCCGAAAUUACUGCCGAGCGCGAUGAGAGAAUAGAAAGUUUAACAAAUCAAAUGGCCGAACUGAUUGACAGGGAUGCAACAGUCGAAACACGAAAAGGGUAUUCAACCUUCAAGGACAAUGUCGACGACUCCGCAGCCAAUGUCCGGAGUCGAAUCGACGUCAUCGAUUCAUCACCCAUCACGGAUGCCACCAGAGGUAGAUUAUCUCCUUUAUCAAUAUUACCUGAAUUUCCAUUCUCUCAACACAUGCAACCAAGCACAAAUUACCUUCGGCAUCGUUCUCCCGAACCAAUAACGAGCGUGGGAAGCAGUGGGAACAUUUCAAGGUCAUCAUCCAUGGACACUUAUAAGUCGGCUUCUAUAUCACCUUCGAAUUCACACUCCACACAAUCUCCAUCACAAUAUGCUCACUCUAGCCCACAUCGUGCUACACAUCCUCCUCCUCACAUGCCAAUGUCUUCUUCGCAACACCGAAGAUCUUCCCAACCGACCUCAUUGGGAUUUGGUUCUGAUAGUAAUUUACUAAAUCCCGAUGGAAAUAGGUACAAGGAAAAUAAUUCCAACCCAAUAUCCCAGCCUCAAAGACCCCCUUCUUCGUCCACCUCACCAUCCCCCACUCCAUAUAGUAAAACAGAAAACCCGACUUCUGCAAAUUCCGUGAAGUCACAAUCACGUCCACCGCCACUGCCUGAACCUCCGGAUAACGGGGCUGAAUAUAAACGACAAAAGAGAAAUUGA